UUUUUUAAGAAUCGUCAUUUUCAUUAAGUCUCGUGAUUCUUAAGAAAUUGUUGAUAGAUCAUUACUCUUAUUCUUAAAAUAUUUUUAAAAUUAUGGAAAUAGCGUCUUGAUUAUUAUUAUGGAAAAGAAUUUUAAUAUAAUUUUUAAUUGUAAAUAUGUUAGCCCGUUUCAAAAUUUUUAAAAACUCUUUCAUAAAAAAUUAAUGCCGUAACACCCGUAUAUCUUUUUUUCUAUAAUUCUUUAUAAUUCUAUAAAUGAACGAACAAAUUAAUAGUUCCACAAUUUUAGUGUUAUAUAAAUAUUAACUUUAAACUACAGAAAUUAUUGGGGAAUUGUUUACAACAGUAUCGAGUUCAGGCAGAUACACAAUAAUCAAAACAAUAAAUUCCCAGGUCUUGUUAAAGGAAUUAUUUGCGAUAAAGAAACUGUUGUCCAAUGGAAAAGACAAAUGCGGUGUAGCACAUGCAACAACUUCAUGGUUCCAAAUUAUUCGUCCGACCAGUAUGAAUAGAGGUGUCAAAGAGACAAACAUACUUAAAAUCAAUUCGGAAAGGAUCAUGGUUUGAAGAUUUCGACUUAACAUUAGAAGAAUUUGUGGCACGUGUUGGUGGAGCACAGGUUUUCACAAAACGAAAUUAUGAAACAAAUGGGAAUUCCAAGUGCGACUGCAAUAGACUGGGAUAAUUUUUGCCGUAAGAUCUGUCAUAACGUAAUGAUUCAAAAUUCAUCCCAAAUUGGAGGUAAUGGUAUUAGAGUUCAAAUAGACGAAGCAAAGUUUGGUAAACAAAAGUAUCACCGUGGCCACCAUGUGGAAGGUUAAUGGGUUUUCGGUGGAAUUGAAGAGAAUUCACGCAUACAUUUUAUGGUUCCAGUAGAACGUAGAGACAUGGAAACACUAAUUCCAAUUAUUCAAAAGUUUAUUUUGCCAGGAGCAAUAUUUAUAAGUGAUUAUUGGAGGGCUUAUGACAUACUGCCUAAAAUGGAUUACAUACAUUUGAAAGUGAAUUAAACAAAAUUAAAGGACACUGGCGUCAAGCAAAAAAUGUUUUGCCUUUAUUUGCAAUGAGAAAACAUUUAUUUAAAUCUUUUGAGUUUUUCUUUUUAUCUAUUAUAACGUCAAGAAAUAAAUGCAAAUUACAAGCCAAUAGGAAUCCAGGGGUUUAUUAAUUGGAAUGUUCAUGCGGUAAUACGUACAUUGGUGAAACAGGUUGCAAAAUUUGUACUCGUCUUAGCCAACAAGAAAAAGAUAUACAUGACAAGAAAUGGGAAAGCACAGGAGUUUCUGAACACUCACGAAUUUGCCAUGGAGCAUUUAAGUGGAACUCAGCAAAAACAGUGCACACCGAUAAUAGUAGAAUUACCGUAAAGUACGCGAGGCUCUUGGAAUUCAAAGGAAUGACAGUUUCGAAGAUGGUUUAAAUAAGGACGGUGGCUCAUACAUCUUCGUUUACAUCUUCGUUUUGGAAGCCACCGAUGCUACAUAUUAGCAAAAAAGAAAACGCGAAAACAUUGCAACGCAAUAACGCAAUAUAAUAACUUCAAAUAUAUAAUACUUGCAAUGACUUCAAAGAUGGCGGACGUCUUUCCGUUAACGGUAAAUCGACAAAUUUAUUUCUCCAUUGUCUUUACGCAUAGAAUUGCUGAAACAUAUUGAUUAAUGCACGAGAAGUUUACGAUACGUUAAAAGAAGAAGAUGAACAGAAAGGAUAAUGAAGUUAGCAACACAAAUGGGAAUGCAAAUACAAAUGGUAUUGACGAAUUGCGAUUUCCGUGCACCAGUGCCACAAACGUUUUAGAACCCACAGAGGAGUGCUCCAACAUUUGCGGCAAUGCAAAGUUAAAAUUGGACUUCCAGCAGAAGAACAAUCUACAGACCCUCGAAAUGAUAUGAAUGAACGCAUUCUACAACAAACACAACCAGAACGGUUUUAUUGGGGUAACGAAAGAGGUACAGAUGCGAUUGAUCAAAUUAAUUCUUGUUAUAAGAAAAUUGUAUUUUGGAGGCGAAAUUUGUUCAUGCUUUCAAAUGGUGCUACUGGAAAAAACUUUCUUCGAGAAGUAACUAGACUAUUGAAUAGCUGGGUGGAAAAUAGCCCAAUCAAAUGUAUUGCGUUAAAAGCAAUGCACGUAAUGCCAGCUCUAUUACUUCAGAAGCCGUCAAAAAACUCGAAAAGCAAAGACCAUGUUAACGCAUUACAACGAAGACUAGAAUGGUGGAACAAAGGCGAUUUUCAAGCACUCUGCGAUGAAUGUGAAAUGCUUCAAUCACGAUUGCCUAAACCAACCGAGAGAAGAAACAUAGAAGUUGUUUCGAGAAAGUUUAAAGAUCUCAUGCAGAUUGAAAAUGUGAACGGAGCAAUCAAAUUAUUAACAAACAACAUGGCAGGUGGCAUUCUUCCUUUAAAUGACGAAACAUUCAAUUUAUUACGAGUUAAACAUCCACCAGGCGAACAAGCGAAGGAAGACGUUAUAUUGCAAGGACCGUUAUCAACGGUUAAUCCGAUUGUAUAUGACGUCAUUGAUGACACGUACGUAUUAAAAGCAGCUCAAGUAACAAAAGGAGGCUCCGGACCUUCUGGGAUGGACGCAGAUGGAUGGAGAAAACCUUUAACUUCAAAGGUUUUCGGUGAAUGCGGUUUGGAUUUAAGAAGAGCUAUAGCCAACGUUAUAAAGAAGUUAUGUAUAGAAAAUGUUGAAGAUCAAUCGCUUGAAGCAUUUACUGCUUGCAGACUCGUACCUCUAGACAAAAAACCUGGAGUAAGACCAAUUGGUGUUGGAGAAGUCUUGCGAAGAAUAUGUGGCAAGGUAGUGAUGGCAGUUCUUCAGAAAGACGUCCUUAAAUCAAGUGCGGAAAUUCAGAUGUGCUGGUCAGAAGUCUGGCAGUGAAGCGGCAA